AUGAGCGACCCAACAACCAGGGUUUCCAUGCUCCCCUCCUAUCGCCAAUCUGCCUCAUCUCUUGUGGCCUUAAGACUAUGUAGACGUGGUCAAUCCCGACCCUUACCGGUGGGUGGUUAUUUGCCCUCUUGGAGAAGCACAAUUUUCCCCAAAAAAAGCACAGCUGCGCUUCUUGAGAAGCACUGUUGUGAUUCUCAUGAAAUGGCCACCGGGGAGGUGUACCCCCUGGAGCUCGCGGACAGCGGUGCCAGCAAGGAGUGCAAGACCGGGGAUGUGGUCACAGUGGACCUCGAUAACUCGGUCUUGAUUAACCACACAUCCGGCAAGCAGUACAAGCUGAAGCCUAUUGGUGAUGCAGGCCCGGUUAUUGAGGCCGGUGGGAUCUUCGCUUAUGCUCGGAAGGCUGGAAUGAUUGCGUCCAAAUCUGCGUGA